GUGAGAGACCCCACCGCCUACAAAUAAAAAAUUACACCACUCAAUUCUUUUUCUCUUCCAUGUCUGACCCACCUUUUUGCACAACACACACAAACCUCUAAAGCUUCUCAAUUUGAAUUUCAAAUUUAAAGUGGAGAGAGAGAGAGAGAGAGAGAGAGACCAUAAACCAAAAUCAUUGACAAGCUAAGCAACAGAUCAAAGUUGGGUUUUUUGAGCUUCUCUUACUGCGAAAGCAUGGGUGAAUCAGCUUGUCUCAUGAAUUCAUUCUCUUAUGCCUCUGGCAUUUCCAACGAAGCCAAACAGGUCAGUUUCGAACAAUCAAUACCGAUCUCUUUCUCUUUCCAAGUACUAAUAGUUGGGUUCUGUUAAUUCAGUUAAAUAGUGUCUUGCAGGGAAACCCCAUGCAUGCUCUUGGAGAGUCGAUCUCUUUUGGGAGGUUCAUGACAGAGUCUUUAUCUUGGGAAAAAUGGUCGUCUUUUUCGCACAACCGCUACGUUGAAGAGGCUUCGAGGUAUGCUCAGCCAGGAUCAGUAGCUCAGAAGAAAGCUUUCUUUGAAGCUCAUUACAAGAGAAUUGCCGCUGCCAAGAAGGCAGCAGCUUUGCUUGAGCAAGCAAAUGCAGCUAAUAAUGCCGAUUCUGAGCCAGAAUUUCAAGACCAGGCUUGCAAUAGUACAACCCAUGAUUCACAAUGUACAAUGACCAAUUCCCUAUUUGAUGAACAGCUUGAGGUGAAGAACACAGGUGCAGAAGUUGAUUCCAUUGUCGAUGUUAAUGGCUGCAAUUCUUGGGUUGAAAUGGAGAUUGGUAUGGUGGAAGCAGCCGACUCUGUAGCAGAAAAUGAGGCAUUAGUGGAGAAUUCUACGAAGAACAGAUCAUUAAACCAUAUUGAGAAUGUUGUGAACCAGACUACUAUGGUUUCUGAAGUGGGGUUUGGUGAAUCCCCUUUAAUGGAGAAAAAACCUUUGUUGGAGCAGGGUUUCAAGUCUGGUCAGGUGGCUCCGUCGCCUGUGAGCAAGAAGAAGCCACCAUUUUCAUCUUCAAAGUCAUCAGUUCACCGAAGAGCACCGAAACUUUCAGCUACACCUGCCAAACCCACAGCUUAUAUUCAUCCCAUAAAGGAAAACGAUGUCACUCCAAUUACCAGGAAGUCCCCAAUUGACUCCGUGAAUAAAAAGAGACCAACUUCAAAGUGUCCGCAUACACUAAUUUAUUCUACUCCAGCCAAAGAACCAGACAAAUUAACGAUCUUAGCCCCUCGAAAAACCGAAAGUUCAAGAGUUGCUCAUAGCUCUUACAAGCCAUCUAAAGAUUUCAAAACUCCUCUUAGAACUCCAACCAUGGCUUAUUUGAAUGGGGUAUUAAAGAAUCCUUCAGCAACCCCUUGUUCAGAAAAUAUAAGGCCUAGAACACCACAGGGUCCCUCAGCUUCUGGAAGCAAAACAACUGGCCCAAAAUGGCAAAUCCUAUCUACAGUUUGUACCAGGUCGUUGAGUGCCUGCAGAAACAAAUUACAGUCACCGACUACAUCUGCUCCUUUUAGCUUGAGGACAGAGGAAAGAGCUGCAAGAAGAACGCAGAAGCUUGAAGAAAAAUUCAAUGCCAAGGAGGCAGAGAAAGUGCAGCUGCAGACUAGAUUAAAGGAUAAAGCAGAAACAGAAACGAGAAAAUUGCGUCAAAACCUCUGCUUUAAAGCCCGGCCACUACCAGAGUUUUACAAGGAAAGGGAAACGCCAAAAAAUCGGAUAAAGAAAAGGACUCCAUUGACCCGUCCUCAGUCACCCAAGCUGGGAAGAAAGUGUACUUCCAGCACACUUCAAGGUCUAACGUCUCAACCUCCAGUGACACACUCCACCAAGAACAGUGGCCCCAAGAAUGUCCUAAAACAGAGAAGUCAUAUUCCAAAUUGUCUCACUUCACUACCUGAAAUGAUGAUUACCCAUGAGAAUGCAUCUCCAAAUAUUCAGCAUUAGUCGGAAAAAGCAGGAGUGUGCUUGAGUUGAUUGGGAGCAGAAUGAUUUUGUAAAUUGUUUCUAUGUAGAAAAACUAAAAAAAACAUGACAUAGAGGCUGAACUCCAAAUUGAGAUUGCCAGAGAUAGAGAUAAUUUCCCUCAAAUAGCAGUAUUAUGUAGGCUGUAUUAUGCAAGUGGAUAUACACAGAAGUUAUAAGCUGCUGAUGUGAGUCAUGAUCGAUAAAGCAUCAUACUCCUAUUUUUCUUAUGGAAUCUGAACAGUGUUGUGGGAA